AUGGGAAAGCGCAAAACGCCCUUGCUCAAAACAGAAACACCACACAUGGCAGGCAUCGCACCUCGACCUUUGCGGCGGCUUGCUCCUCACGUUCCCUUGUGCCCAGCUCGGCUGAUUCACUCCUGCCUCACACUUCAUGUGUUGGGAACCUCGUCUUCCAGCGGAAGGAACCGAGAAUGGAAUUCAACUCCACGGGACUCCCGUGCUCUUCAAUCACAUCAUAUCGCCGCUGCCCUCGUCCCCGUCCUCGUCGUCCUGCGUCCUGCGUCCGUCGUCUCCAUCUUCGAGAACACUGAACUCAAGAACCUGCCAGGGCCAGUCCGACCUCAUCUUCAUCUGCCCACACUGCCACAAGCCAAUUUCCAGUUCUGCGUCCAUGCGCCUUUUUGUUUUCCCCAUCCUCGCAUUGGCAUUUCCGUGUGCCAUGCUCCCUUUGGCUUCAUCAUUCCCAUUAACCCCGCCCCUGGCCCGUCCUGCGCUUCCUCUUCUGCCGUCUGCCGUCUGCCAUCGGUGCCAUCCAUGCAUACCUUACCUAUGGAGUACGGAGUACACUCUUCUUCUUUCUCUACUAUGUGGGCUCGCUGGAUGCCCCAUGCCGGCGCCGCCCCUCCGAGAAAACGUUCAGUAUUGGCAUUAGGCGCCGGAGCUUUGUACAACUUCGUCUCCAAAGAUGCUCGCCGGUGCAGUCCGCCCAUUGUGUAUUCUUUGCACAAAACUUUCAUCGCAUUGUUACUCGACUCCAGGAUUGACGCAGCUGCCCAACUACCUCGGGCUUUAACCAGUCAUUCCGCUGAAGGACGCUCGCAAUUCUCCGUCUUUGCUUUUUUCGACCAAUUUCAUCCGCUAACUCAAGACAAUCUGCCAGCCCUCCGAUCCCUCGUCCAAUGCUUCAGAUGCACUUUCUACUCCGUACAGGGCGAACUAGUACCGCACCAUUCGUACGGGUGCAUUCCGUCAACUCUCUCUCUGCCUGGCCGCUCUGGCCAUAGGUACACAACUAGGAGUCGCGGAUGGUCGGUGGACAAAAUCGAUGUGACACUUCAUUCGUAUAGCAGCACGCGGCUCGGUAACUCUCAAAGCCUACAGCGCUGCGAUGCCUUCCAAGUAUUCGUACUCAGUCAGUCCGUGCAGCGGUUGACAUACCUAUUUUUGCCAGUACGCAAAAAGUUGCUUCUUCGUCAUAAGCAGUCAAAUGGCUUACCAGAAACAUCUACCGCCAAAGGAUCAAGCCGGCGUGUACCAAUACUUGCACCACCAUACCACACCCAUUGUAUAUUGAAGAUGGCGAAGGCUUGCCACAAGACCCCUGGACCCUUAAGCCGUGUGGCUGUGCAAUCUCCGUUUUGCCCCUCGCCGAAGCGCCCUAGACGAACUGGAGAGCUGCCGAAUCCCAAUCGAGCUAUCGCAGAAUACACCAAAACGGUCAUGUCCGACGACUGCUGCCGUUGGAAGGGCAUUACGCUGGCCAUGGGCUUGAAGCCUAGGGUCUUCGGGGAUGUUCGUCUGAAUGCGAUCCCGAAAGACGGGCUUCGAUCAUCGCUUCGACGGCUAAGCAGGCCGACACAAGUCGCCGGCGACACCCCACGCCCAAGUCUCGAUGAAGUCGGGAAUUGGUUCAGAAGCGGCAAUGGUCUCGGAUCGCAUAUUGCAACAACAGGCCCUUGGGGUGUCUCCUUUCUGCCUGGCGGCGAUUCAAUGUCUACACUAGUGAAUGCAGAUCUCUGCCCUGCAAGCCAUGCCGCCCAAACCCCAAGUAGUGUUCUUGAUGCCAACCACGAUUCAGCGAUGCGAUCAGCGCUGCAAUCGUCAAGACAAUGCACACAAUAUCCGGACAGCGAGCAUGAUUUACCCCUGAACCCCCUACUGGUGGCCCCCAGCGGACGGACGGCUGUUGGCUCUGUCUCGGUCCUGCGAGGCUGUAGUGGCUGCCACCAUGCAGUGAACUCUAAGUGGCGCUAUCACAACGUCGCCAACGUUCUGUUAGCCUGGCGCGCCGUUGUCGCUACUGGACGUGACGACUGUUACCCGCGCGGGACACGGCACGUGGCAAUAGCUCCCGUCCCUACGCUGUUUGCUGAAGACUUGCGGCGGCACAGCACUGGUGACUGUUACCGGUCAUUUCCGGUACCACGUUACCUCGAAGGCAACGCGGAAACGUAUCCGCAGUCAUCAUGCAGGAGACUUCAACUUGGCCGCGUAACAGGAGCAUACAUCACACAGCUCUGUCUUGACGGGGUUGACGUCAUUUUCCCGACCAGCGAGUUCCUAGAUGCACCUCCAAGGUCUUACUCGAGUCAGCUCAAUCCCCAUCUUGAAAUGCAACCAAGGCUUCGGAAACGAGAAUUGACGAGGAUUCUUCCGGGCCGCCGUCAAAUCCACGGCACAAAACUUGUCGAAACCAAACCGCCCGGCCGUUGCAUAACCGGGCGUGGUAGUUUGAGACGACGCUGCAUUCUUCACAACCAUUUCGGGAUGCCGACUCGUCCAGAAUCCUUCAAGCCGUAUCGAAUCAAAGCAAGAGAAACGUGUUUUGACGAUGGGUAUAUGGCUCCUUUCAUUUACACACUGUCAAGAGAGGAGACGGGCGCUGCGAUCCUUAACACAAGAGCCACAAUCCUCAAGGCCAUCGCCUCAAUGCGCCUCUGGCUAGACUCUAUAGAUAUUCCGUACCAGGGGUUCCGAACCGAAAGUCGUCAAAGACUCAUCUCAGUCGCACUUCACGGGCGGGCUAAAAGAAGAUCUACUGUCGAUGCGAGCUUAAGCGAGGGCCCGACUGCGGCUGCAAUGACCUCUACAGUCUGCAAAGCUUGCCGACCACAACAACUUCCAGCACGUCCCAGUAGUUCGGUGGAGGCACUGAAUCCGCUUCAAGUCGUGACAGCUACAGGCCACACAGUUGCCCUUGCAGAUGGGAUCGCCGAGCUGCCAAUUUGUUCUAGACGGACGUCAACGAAGCUAGCUCUCAGGAACAUCUUCAUGCAGAGCGCUCGAGCCGAAACCUUUACCACAGGCCUCGAUUUAGGGAAGAAGACUCUAGACCCGAGUGUCUCGCGCAGCGGCUACUCACCUCCUUACCCACAGGCUAAUGUCGAGAGUUCGAAACUCAUCAAUCACGGGGCUACAAGCCUGCGACAACAAGCGCGAUACCUAGGUCUCUGGGUUCUAGACGCCGAUCUACAUCCAAGCACUGUUUGUCGGGAGCAGGCCGCCGCAGCUGGCCUACCCGUUUUUGAUGCCGAUCUUCGGCUCAAGACGCUGGAGAAUCUGCCCAUGGGCGUGGUAGUUCAUCCCAGGACAGCUUUCAGGGGGGCAACGACGAACCAAUCGUCGCUUGCCUUUGUCAUCAACUUCAACGGUCGUUGUUUGGUUCCUGAGCACAGCAACCCAACCAUUGGACCGGGCCACUGGCCGAGAAUCCCCCUCCCCGCACAUAACAAGGCGGCCGAGCAGGAGGUCCUUCCAGUCCAGGCCUGUUGA